UGUUAGUGCAAUUUUCCAUUAAUAUUUUAAUUAUUAUCAAUUAUGUCUGAUCCAAAAAUUAAACUCAUGGAUGAAAUUAAAGAGCAGGGAGAAGUUGUGAGAAAAUUAAAAUCAGCUAAAGCCGAUAAAGACAAGCUGGUGUAAGGAAGUGGUGGCGUUGGCUGUAUUCGGAUCAUUCAUUUAAUUGACAGAGAUUUUCACAAUGUAUCCAGCAGCACUCUUAGUCAAACAAAUCACCCAAAAGUCCUCUCAAUUUAGUAUUUUACGAAGAUGUAUUAGAAAGGGAAUUAUGAGAUCAUCAGUUGCUCAGGGAAAGAUUGGUGAGGAGGUGGGUAAGCUGUUGGCUCUGAAGGCUCGGCUUGGCUCUGAGAACGGUGUGGACGGUGAGGACGGCGCUACGCAGAAGUUUACCCUCAAGACACCGAAGGGCACCAGGGACUAUGGCCCCCACCACAUGGCGCUGCGGCUCGGCGUGCUGGACAAGAUCAUCACGGUAUUCAAGCGGCACGGCGCAGAGACUAUUGACACACCCAUCUUUGAACUCAAGGAAGUACUCACAGGGAAGUACGGAGAGGACUCAAAGCUGAUAUACGACUUGGCAGACCAGGGUGGGGAACUGUUAUCUCUCAGGUACGACCUGACUGUACCCUUCGCUAGGUAUCUGGCCAUGAACAAGAUCAGCAACAUCAAGAGAUACCACAUAGCCAAGGUGUACAGGAGAGACAACCCGGCUAUGACCCGGGGACGCUACCGGGAGUUCUACCAGUGUGAUUUUGACAUAGCAGGAAUCUAUGAUCCAAUGAUCCCAGAGGCUGAAUGCAUGCGAGUAGUAUACGAAAUCCUGGAUUCUCUACAGUUAGGCAAAUUUCUAAUCAAGGUUAAUCACAGACUUCUUCUUGAUGGCAUUUUUGAAGCGUGUGGAGUUCCAAAUGAAAUGUUCAGAUCCAUCUGUUCUGCAGUGGAUAAACUAGACAAGCUGUCGUGGGAAGAAGUGAGAAAUGAAAUGGUGAAUGAGAAACACUUGCCAGGAGACAUUGCAGAUCAGAUUGGUGAGUAUGUGAGACAAAGUGGGAAAGUGGACUUGGUGGAGAAACUGAUGCAAGACGCUAAACUGGCGGAGAAGUCUAAGAGUGCCAAGGAAGGACUGGAGGCGAUGAAGCUGUUCCUGCGAUACAUCGACCUCUACGACCUCAUGCAGUAUGUUGUGUUCGACCUGAGCUUGGCGAGAGGACUGGACUACUACACGGGAGUCAUCUAUGAAGCUAUACUACUAGGUGACGGCAGAGGGGAGACAGUGGGCAGCGUGGCAGGGGGAGGCAGAUACGACAACCUCGUCGGAAUGUUCGACCCUAAACACAAGAACGUCCCCUGUGUCGGGGUCUCCAUCGGUGUGGAGAGGAUAUUCGCUGUCCUAGAAGCUCAAAUGGCCAGCGAGCAGCAGAAGAUAAGGACAACAGAGGUUGAAAUCUAUGUUGCCUCAGCACAGAAGAACCUGGUGGAAGAGAGGAUGAAGCUGUGCAAAGAGCUUUGGGACGUCGGGAUCAAGGCAGAACAGUCGUACAAGAAGAAUCCCAAACUGUUAGCUCAACUACAGCACUGUGAGGAGAUGGGAAUCCCUUGGGCAUUGAUUGUUGGAGAGUCCGAGAUACAACGGGGAGUUGUCAAGCUGCGCAACGUGACGACGAGGCAGGAAAUAGAGAUCGCCAGGGACGCAAUCGCUCAAGAAAUGAAGUCACGGUUGGAGAAUUCAUAGAUCUGAUCUUUGGUCUUGGGUAUAUUCUUCAGUUCCUUAUAUCGCGAAAUAUCAUGGCAAGUGUAAGCAAUUAUUUGGUUAUUUCUGUAGAUUUUUGCAUUUUUUUUUCGUUUCAUAUCUUUAUAGCCAUUUAUUUAAAUAUUUUUUAUGAAUUGCAAUAUUCAUAAGUUAAUAUUUUAUCUAACCAAAGAAUUUUCAAAUUACAGCUUCACAAAUUAUUUUUUGUAACCUGUAAGAUAUAUAGGCCUAGGUGUCUCAAUCUCGAGGGUUCAAUCCAAUCCCAGAAUUUCAGGAUUAGGGCCUACCUAUGUAGUCUAAGUUGAUCCCAGAAUCAACCCUAAGAUUAGAUUAUUUUGUGAUUUCUAUUUUUAGCAAUUUUUAAUGAAUUUGGAGUCCUUUGUUGAGCCCCCUAAUGUUUUAAACCAGCCAUACAAAAUUUACACCAAGCACUUUUGCUGUCUUUCAAAGUAAAAAACAAAUAAUAUACAGCAUAUACAUUUAGAUCAGAUGAUCAAAUACACACAAAAGAAAACACAUGCAACUGCACUUGCAUUUAAGUGUCACUCUAAAUUGCACACCUCUAAUACUUCAACUAUCGGAAACAACUGAAACGCAAAUAUUGCUGGUUCAUCACUGAUUGCACCAUAUAUUUAUGCAAUGUCAAUUGGGAUCUAUGUGUUUAAUGGCAAGUAAUACUCCUAAAUCAACAAAAAAGUUAUAGAAAUUAUUGUUUUUGUAAAUGACUCUAAUCCUGCGAUUUUAAGGUAUCAAAUACCAGCCUGGAUCCCGGGAUUGAGACCUCUUAACACAAAAAUUUAGUUCUUAUAGCCUGAAUUUUUCCAAAAAUCCAUAAUCCUCUUGGCUCAGUAAACUUUGAUGAUUUAUUGAUAACCAUCAACAACAACAACUACAACAACAACAUAUCUAUAAAACUGUAGACAACAAAAUAAUAUUAAAAAAAAUUCAAUCAACAAUAUAAAAAAAAAACUUGUUACAUCUUAUGUACAUUAAAGAAAAAUGAAAACGGCAUUUAAAAUAAAACAUGUAGGCUAAUUGCAUUUACGACAAUGUUUUAUAAGAUUUUAAAACAUAGUUUAUAUUUGGUUUUGCAUUUUGCAUAUUUAGUACACAAAAAAGUUUUGUUACGUACGUAAUAAAUAAGAACUGUUACUUAUUGUUGUUUUUCUUUAAGUAUUUAGCCAAUUCCAUAAUCCAAAAUUUACUAGUUUUUACACUAAACAUGUUGGAUCAGUGACAGUUUUAUAUUUCUUGAUCAGUAUAAAAAAAUUAACAUUGUUUGUUUGUACUGUAAUUGUUAAGGUAUUUAUUGUGUAAAUAUUAGUUGAAUUGUACAGAAUGUAUUUAUGUUUGAACUUUUAUAGACAUAAACUGUUGUAUUUGGAUAGGACAUUUUGUAAAAGUACAUUAUUUUUAUCUGAUUACACACAAGCGGUGUCUGUAAUUUAUACAAUAUACAUUUUUAAGGGAUGCAAAAGUGUUCACUUUAUUUUAAUAUUCUUUAAUUUUUUCUACUGUGUGAACAAUAAUUAACUACUUUAAUUAACUUUCACAAAUUGAAGUAAUUUGUUGGUUAAUUUAGCAGUUAUAGACACAUAUUCAGCUGAAACCACAAGAAUGCCAAUAAUACUAGACACUUACUUUCUAAAAAAUAUCUUUAAAAUUUACUUAACUGGCUUACCGUUCAAAAUAUAAAAUAAUAUCAAAAAGAGGCUUAAAAUUAGUGUAGCCAACAUUUAUAGUAAAGUAGGAUCAUGCUUAAUUUAUGAUCACACCAAUGAAAUUGUUUGUAAAAAAAAUUUUGAUAAAGAAACAAUAGUUAAUUUCUUUCCUGGAUUCUGACUUGACUUAGUUGUGGGUGUUUUUUUCAUUACUAUUUAAAAUAGUUAUUUUUUUUUUUAAGAAUGACAAACUCUUUCUUAUCGUUCACUGCAUGAAAGCAAUUUAUUUUAUAGGCAAUUUAUUAGGUUCUGAAUAAAAUCAUAUUUUGUAAAACAA